AUGAUGAACAAGCAGAGAAAUUAUUUGUCACGUGUGAAGAGGGUUUUGAAGAUGACAAAGAGAAAGAGAAACAAGACCUUAUUCCAUAAGACUGACUCACUCUUAGCUUGCUUCAUAGCUCAUGACAUCAACUUUGUGAAUGCUGCGCCAGGACCAGAGCACGGCGUCCAGGGAGCACAAGUUGUUGCUCUGAGGCUUGAAGGAGACCAAGCAGCAUUUUAUGGUUGCGGCUUUUACAGUGUACAUGAGACGCUCCUUGACAGCGCUGGAAGACACUUCUUCAAAGGAUGUUUCAUCCAGGAUGCAAUAGACUUUAUUUACGGUGCUGAAAGAUCUAUCUACCAUGAUUGUACGAUUAAUUCAAUAGCUAAGGAGAAUACAUCAGGGGUCAGUGGAUCUAUCACAGCACAUGGAAGACAAUCAAAAGAUGAACAAACAGGAUUCUCUUCCAUUAACUGUAAGAUAGAUGGAAGUGGGCAAGUGUGGCUUGGACGAGCUUGGGGAGCCUAUGCUACCAUAGUGUUCUCAAACACCUACAUAUCUGGAAUCAUCACUCCAAAAGGUUGGAAUGAUUGGGGCGACCCGACAAGAGAAAAGACAGUGACUUUUGGAGAGCAUAAAUGCUAUGGAGAAGGAGCAAAUUACCAAAGCAGAGUGUCAUAUGGGAAACAACUAACAGAUUCUGAAGCAUCUUCAUUCACAGACGUUUCCUAUAUAGAUGGAGACCAGUGGCUAACUCAAACUGACAUACUCCCAGAGCUUAAAUAUGAAGACAACAUAUAUGAACUUAUCAGAUUUUACUAG